GCUAUUACCACCGCUUUCAACUUUGUAAGACAUUCAGUUCCAUAAAAGGAGUUUCUUUCUACGGCGUUGGCGACAGGGGUCACCUGCAAGCUGUUCCGUUUUCCUCUAUUAUUUUCCAAUAUUUCUCCUCACUCAACGUUAACAUAUUUACUUUUCACGGUCUUGUCCAAAGAAGAAAAAAAUAUGCGCCGCUCACCUCUUCUACGCGUCGCGCUGGUGGCGCUCAUCUUCCUCGGCACGAUCUCCGCCACGUCGGCCGGCGACGGCCGCGGCACCCCCAUCACCUUUCAGGCGGAGGUUUCGAAGAUGCUCGACAUUCUGGUGAACUCCCUCUACACAAAUCGCGCCAUUUUCCUGCGCGAGCUCAUCUCCAACGGCAGUGAUGCGCUGGACAAGAUUCGCGUGCUCUACCUCACCGCACCAAAGGAGCCGCUAAACGCGGACGGCGUCUCGCCCACCAUGGACAUCCGCAUCUCCUUCAACAAGGAAAAGAGCGAGUUGGUCAUUCGCGACGGUGGCGUCGGCAUGAACAAGGACGAUCUUGCCGGCCACCUCGGCUCCCUCGGCACGUCGGGGACGAAACGCUUCCUGGAGAAGCUGCAGGAGGGCGGCACCGCCGGUGAUCAGAACAACCUGAUCGGGCAGUUUGGUGUCGGCUUCUACUCCGUCUUCCUCGUCGGCGAUCGGGUGCGGGUGGCGUCGAAGAGCGACGACGGCGAUGAGCAGUACGUGUGGGAGUCAAGCGGCAACGGCCAGUACUUCCUCUACCCCGACCCACGCGGCAACACGCUCGGCCGCGGCACGGAGAUCACGAUUGAGCUGAAGCCGGACGCGGAGCAGUUCCUCUCGGCCGAGACGAUCAAGAAGACGGUUCACCAGUACAGCGAGUUCAUCAACUUCCCCAUCUACGUGGAGGAGGAGGUGACGGUGGAGGCGGCGAAGAAGGAGGACGCGGACACGGAAGACAAGGCCCUCGACGAGGAUGAGGUGGAGGACGAGGUGGAGGCCGUCCCCGUCACCGAAAGGAAGUGGACGCUGGUGAACGAGAACCGCCCCAUUUGGACCCGUCCGAUCGGUAACGUGACAGAGGCGGAGUACAAUAAGUUCUACAAGGCCUUCUCCGGCGACUAUCGCGACCCCCUGUACUUCAAUCACUUCCGCGUGGAGGGCGAGGUGGAGUUCGACUCCAUUCUUUUCGUGCCGGCUGCAGUGGACCCAGCGACUUUCUCGGACGACAACACAGUCCCCAACACCAACAUCAAGCUCUACGUGCGUCGUGUCUUCAUCACCGACGAGUUCCGCGACCUCCUGCCGCGCUACUUGAACUUUGUGAAGGGCAUCGUCGACAGCAACGACUUGCCGCUAAACGUCUCCCGCGAGGUGCUGCAGGAGAGCCGCAUUCUGCGUGUCAUCAAGAAGAAGCUGGUGCGCAAGGCCCUCACAAUGUUCUCCGACAUUGCGGAGCAGGACGAGGCGAUUGCGAAGGGCACACAGUCUGAGAGUCCCGCGCCGUCCGGGCACACCCACCUCACCCAGCCCACCUACGCGAAGUUCUGGGAGCUCUUCGGCAAGCACCUGCGCCUCGGUGUCAUGCUGGACAGCAAUAACCGCAACCGCCUGACAAAGCUGUUCCGCUACAAGUCUAGCAAGAGCGAUGGCGCCUACAUCAGCCUGCAGACCUACGUGGACCGCAUGAAGAAGGGUCAGAAGGGCAUCUACUACAUCUCUGGCGACACGAUCGAGCGCAUUCAGAAGUCGCCGAUGCUGGAGGACGCGGUGAAUCACGAUGUUGAGGUUAUCUUCAUGACGGACGCCAUUGACGAGUACGUGGUGGCGCAGGUGACGGACUUCGCGGGCAAGAAGCUGAUCAACCUCGCGAAGGAGGGGGUGCAGUUUGAGGAGACCGAUGCCCGCCAGCGCGUGAUUGACAAGAAGCGCAAGGAGAAGUACGAGGCCCUCUUCACCCGUCUCCGCUCCCUCUUCGGCUACGCGGAAGUCCGCAAGGUUAUCUUGACCAAGCGGCUGACCAACGAGGCGUUUAUUCUCUCCUCGGGCGAGAAUCAAAUCACGGCGCGCCUGGCGAACAUCAUGCGCGGCCAGUCCAUGGCGCUGAUGGACCAGCAGACGACGGCGGAACGUGUGCUGGAGGUGAACUACCGCCACCCCCUCGUCGACGAAAUGUUUAAGCGCUUUGCGGUGGACGAAGACGACGCGGUCGCGAUGGAUGUGGCGUGGGUGCUGUACGACACGGCGAACCUGCAGGCGGAGUUCCCGGUGGCGGAUGUUGCGGCCUACUCGCGCCGCAUUAACCGGCUCCUGCGCAGUAGCGUGGAUUUGGCGGCGGAUGAGACGCUGCUGCCGCCCGACGACGCUGAAUACGCCGUUUCGACCACCGAGGCAGCGGAGGAGGAGGAGGGCGAGGCGGCCGCGGAAAACGCCAACGCCGCGGAGACGGACGACGACGAUGAGGCCGACUUGUAA